AAGUCCAACAAAAAGCAGUUAGGAGCUAUUGUGAAGCGUCACUAUGAAUCACCUCAGGAACCUGCACUAACUACCAAAAGCAGGACUUUAAGGAGCUGGAAACAGUGAUAAAAAGCAUUCCAAAUGAUGGCAGAUCAUGGAACCCCUUGUGAUGGGCAGGAAGCCACCUAUUGUAUGAAUGGAGGGACGUGCUAUAAAAUACGCGAUGCCAUGAAUACUCUCUCCUGUGUUUGCGAUGAAAAUUAUAAAGGCAGCCGAUGUGAGCAGUUCCAGCUCUUCAGCAGUUCCGGCAAAGCAGGGGAAGCGGGGUUAAUCGCAGCCGUAGUCAUCGUUGUCCUCCUCAUCUUAGUGGUGAUAGCUGUUGUGAUCUACUACACACACAAGAUGUUGAAAGCCAAGCAACAGAGCCAACAGAACAAGCCCAAGACAGAAUAUUGGAAAGUACAGCCCAGAGUUUGACUUUCUUCUGGAGCAAAUUUGUUUGUCUUUGGGCUGUGUGUCGGGUGGGAUAAUGAAGGACUUCUCAGAGAUGAUACUGUUUUCGGUGUCACUAUAAGACCAAAAGAACAAAGAAAAAACUGCUUCUCUGACCUUAACUAAAGUCAAGGUGAAGAGCUGAUCAAUGGUCACCUGAGAUAUCUGGAGUCCAUGCUGUUUGCUACAGAGAGGUGUAAUUCUUCAACACACAGACACACACAUACACAAACAGGGUGUGAAACAAGUGUGAGCAGGUGGGAAUUGAAUCACAUCUUGCACAGUAGAUUUUUUCAGCACCGCUAUGAAAGUUGCCACUGGUGUUACUCGUGUUAAAUCACAUUUCAAUCUAUGUACUUUGCCUGAAAUGUAUUUACAAAGCAUAGUUGGACUAUGUAAAAUAUGAGCUUGAAAUAUGGAUUUAUGAAAUGACCCCUUGUAUCAAGUAAUGAAUAUGCUCAGUAUGCAGUUAGUAAAUAUAUUGCAAUUGUGUAAAUAUAUGCAAUGACCCCUACUGAUU